AUGGAAGCACAUUUGCUCACUUGCUGCUUUCCACUGGCCGCCGCCGCAUUUUUGGCGCGGGAGACAGCAGAACGCUUUGGAGAGAAGCUGUGGAUAAAGCUACGAGGAUUCUACGUGGAGGCCAAACGCCUUGCAGAUCUUGAAGAAAGUCUCUGUACCUCUUGCAUCAGAGAACUCGACCCAUCUCAAGUUUCAGCCAUUUCAGCUCCGCACGGAACCAAAAAGAAAUCAGAUGGUCCUUUGGAAGGUGGGAGGAAGAAGCGCCAACGCACAGUUCCAGUUGCUGACGGAGCAGCUGGUGGGGAUGGUGGUCCAGGAAAUUCUCUAGGGCUGACCUCAUCUGCUUCUGGCCUCAAUGAUGGCGCUUCUGCAGCGUCUGCAGUUGCCCUGACACGGGUUGUGGUGGGAGAACAGGUCGCAGCACGAGUGUCUGCCACUGAGGAUGGCAAGGAUGAGUGGAUUGUCGUAAAGGUCCUCCGCAUUGACCGGGAAGCGAACAGAUUUGAUGUGAUCGAUGAGGAACCAGGAGAGGAGGACGAGGGUGGUCAAAGAAAGUACCGCCUGUCUGGCUCCUGCAUCAUCCCCUUCCACAAGCGCAACGAGUGGAUGUCAGCCUCCGACUUCCCUCCUGGCUCCAGGGUGCUGGCGGUUUUCCCCAGCACCACUGCACUUUAUCAAGCAACAGUGGUUGGGCAACCACGCAAGCUACUCAUUGGAGUUUGA